CACUAUUUUUGUAAGGAUGUGUUUUUAUAACUUUCUAUUUGAGGGGUUAUUUUCCACAAAAUUAGUUUUAUUUUCAUAAAUCAUUAUAGCAUAGAAACAGGGUUUAUUUGUCUAAAGCAAUCUUUUUUUUUUCAUGACAAAACUGUUAGUCAUGUGAAUUAUCGUUCAUGUGAUACAGACGAUAGUGAUAUGUCUGAUAUUUGCAAAGACCUAAGGAAAAUAUGGAGCAGACUUUUUGAUCACAAAGCAUUUUUAAACGGAGAAACAGAUUUUAUUUUAAAAGAGUUUGAGCUAAAACGAGGUGAUCAGGAAGUUGACAGUUUAUUUCGGACUCUUGAAAACAUUGCGGAAAUUAAAGAUAGUCAGAUAGAUCAGUUGAAGGAAGCUAAUGUAAGACUGUGGGAAACAAAUCAAAACUUGAGGGAAGCAGUGAAUUUAACAAAAAAACUUAACGAAUUGGAGGACCUAUAUAAACAGAACUCCUUGGUAGAAGAAGAACAAAAUAAAAGAAAAUUAUUAUGGGACAAGUUUAUGGAUGAAAUAACAUCUGAAUAUUCAAAGGUGAACAGAGAAUUUGAAGAACAGGAGAUUGAAACUUUAAAAUUUUAUGAAGAUUUAAAAAAGAAGCUUGUAAUACAGACUUAA